GCUUCAAGAAACUGAUAAACACAUGAGAGAAGAUGACAAGAUCUAGAUCAAGAUCACCACGAUGGAAACCAAGGUCCUUAUCUCCAGCUUUUAGGACUCCAGAGCACCAUAGGCAAAGGCAUGCUCAUAUUAAUUAUGACUGUGAAUAUAAAAGCUUUCGUAAGGACCCAAAAAAGUCUAUGCCUUGGAGAACAGAAGAUGAAAAGUAUGGCCAAGGCAAUUCCAGGUUUGCACCUCAUGGAAAUAACCACCAGAGAAUAUAUGAACGUAGGUCACCUUCACCAAACUUGAAAAGAAUUCCCAUGGAAGAUGCUUACAGUCAUAAGCCCUACAGAACACAUUCAUCUGAAAGGACUGAAAGCAAUAGGAGAGGCCAGUUACCACCAAAAUACUCGGAAAUACCUUAUAAAGAGCAUGAUCGUCCGUUUUACCAGCACAAAAUGGAGGACAGAUACAUGUUUGAUCACUACAAAGUCACUGGAAAUGAAAAAGGAAUGAAACCUUUUCAUAGACCAUUAGGGGCUUCAUGCAAACUUGAAAGAAAAUGGCAUGAAGAUGACUUGAGGCACCAGAGGUUACAUGAAGAGAAGUAUGGUCAGUCACCCAGAAGAGUUUCUGAUGAAUUUACGGCAAGGAGCUCUUUACAGAAGAGGUAUCCUGAAGAUCACGAUUACAGAGAAUAUGGGCACGCGUCUAAAAGGGCUAAGGAAAUGGAGAGGUAUGACGGUGGAGAUGUAGCGAGAAAUUCCAAGUGGAAGCAAGAACGUUCUUUUCCACCCUGCCAAGAAAAGGAGGAGCAAAGAUACCCGGGUGCACAGUCCCGGCGGUCGGCUGAGAGGGAGCACUUGGGGGGGUCUGUCACAAAGAUAGCCUAUGAGUACAGCCACAAACGGCGCCGGCACCCGGACGGGGAAAAGCCUUUUGCGGGCGACAGAGCUCAGAAGUACGUGAAGCAGGAAGAGCAGAAGUACGGCUCUUCCAAGGGUGCCCGGAACAGCAAGGAGCUGGAUUACUUCAGUGGGGGCAGAGCGAGGCGGACUGAAGAACGGCACGUUGAAGAACCUGUUAAAUGCAGUUCAAAGAAGGGCUGCAAUGCUUGUGUUAACUCUUCCAAAACGGAUGUUGAGCUGAGGUCUUUUAAAAACAAACUGAAUGAAAGAGUGAGGAAAGACAGGGAAUUGAGGAAAACCGUAGAUUCCUCCAAUAGCCAGCGUGAUGCAAGUCAUACUGUUUCAGAUGUGAAAGUGUCAGAGGCCAACUGUAUGAGAGAACAUCUCACAGUCAAAGUGGAUAUGAAGAAAAUGGUGACCAAGUACAGAACUGCUUCUAGUCACACUACAGAGAGACAGAUGUCCCAUGAUCUGGUUGCUGUUGGCAGAAAAAAAGAAAAUUUUCAUCCAGUGUUUGAGCACAUGGAAUCUGUAACACAAAAUGUUGAAAACGACCCAUCAAAAGAAUUUACUCAGGAAAUCAUCACAAUUAUUCAUCAAGUUAAAGCAAAUUAUUUUCCAUCUUCUGACAUAACUCUACAUGAACGGUUCUCGAAAAUUCAGGAUAAAUCAAGUGCAAAUACAAAUGAAGUGAAAAUGCAUCUGGAUCCAGAAAUUCACAGGAGGAUUGACAUGUCUCUAGCAGAACUUCAGAACAAACGAACCAUGCCAUCUGAAUCUCCCCAGAACAUUGUAAGAGUGUUAGAAGAUCCAAAUGAUCUACGGUAUGAUAUAGAAAGGAGAAGAAAAGAGAGAUUGAAGAAUGAAGAUGAGAGAGUGUUUCAUGUAGAUGGUGUAACUCCAAGGAACCAGCAAAGCUGCAGUCUUUCAAAGUUACAAACAUCUCAAGUUGAUGGUUUCCAUAAGCCUAUGAGGUUCAUUAAGCCACCUUUGAGGAAAUUUAUUGGGAGACCUCAUCUGAAUUCUUACUAUGCUUCAAAAUCAAGUGACACUUACCCCCACAGACGUAUUAGAGGACACCUUGAAAAUGCAGGACCCAUCAGAAGGCACUUUAAGAGCAACUUUGCAGAUGGCCGUUUGCAAUCCCAUUAUAAAUCAGGCUUAGUGCAGAAGGGUUUAUAUAUUCAGGCUAAGUACCAGCGGUUACGUUCUGUUGGUGUGAGGGGAUUUGCCACUAACAAAUUCAGAGAUGGAUUUUUGAGGAAAGAAAAGGGAAAUCUAAAUAUUGCAACAGAAACAUGAACUGAGCUGAGAUUCUGAAGUUGAAACAGAUAACACAGCAAAGGGAACAUCUGUUCAGUUUUUGGCAACUUUCUCAAGACUUAAAAAAGGAUAAAGGAACUAACGCUGUAACUUUCUUGAUUAAAAAAUAACUUUAUUUUGAAUGCUGCAGAACUUUUUUACAGUUUUAAUAAUUGCUUUUAAAGUACAGUAUUCAAUUGAAACAUCAUAUUAUGUACCUUUAGUUCUGUGUGCAUACCAGUCUCAAGUAAGGAAGUCAUUGAAGGGAAUCUUAUUUAUUGAAUACUUUUUCUCUAGGCAUGAUGUUACAGAUGGAACUUGAGUUGUUAUACCCAGAAGUUUAUAUGUUGAAAGUUUAUUGCUAAUAUAAUAAUAAAAAAAGAAAAAAAAAAGUGCCUGAAUUGUUUGGUAAUAGCACAUUAGCUCAGGAUUUUCCAAUUAAUGACCUUUUAGGUUGUGCAAUAGAUUUUACACCUCUGUUCAGUCAUUUCCAUAAAACAGUAUUUUGUAUUACUUUGAAUUAAUAAUACACUUGGAUUUCUGAUGUGUAUAUACAUUUGUAAAUUGUUAGAAUGUUGGUACAACUUUCAGCAUUUGAUUAAAAUGAAUGGUAACAGGCAGUUAUAUAAAGUACUGUAGCAGUAGCUUUUAACUGCACUGAAAGCAUGCUUUGGUUUGUUAGAAGAUUAGCUGGUCUGUAUUCAAAAUUAUUCUGUCUCAUUAUAUUUUGGUCUACGAGAUUCUUGACCAAGCCACAUGUUCUCUAAUCUUUUUCAUCAUAAAUGAUUUGGUGAUUUUGUGAAUUCUCAAAUUGAGGCCUGAAGUAUUAAAUUACAAGAAAAACAAAAUAUGUAAGUUUCUGAAAGUGUGUCUUCUAACAAAGAAAUUGUUUAUAAUUGAGACUGCUUUAAAGGGAGAUAGCUGGUGAUUUUGUUCAGAAUGAUUCUCUGAAGUUUACCAUACUGCAGUAUUGUUAGGCUGUGUGCAAAACUCAAAUAGCCAGACCUGUUUCAUAAGCAGCUAUAAACAGUAUUGUGUUUGUUUCCUGUUUAUAGCCUUUGCCUUAAUUCAUUAUCUAUGGUAGGGUUGUGUGUAUGUAUUGCAGAUUUGUUCAGAUUUCUUACUGACAGUAAAUUAAAGAUGCAUAGCACA